AUGGACAAUAAGCGGAAAACACGAGCCGCUACAGUUAGCACAGUAUUGAUAUUUUUUGUGACAUGCUGCGUUUAUACACUAUAUACCUUAAAGUUUGAUGACCCUCAGUUAUCUCCACCGGUUUCUUUAUUGCCUACAAUUAGCACCUUGAAGAAAAUUGAGCAUGUGGUAGAUUUAAACAAGGAAUAUGUGUUUGUCGGUGACGUUCACGGUAAUUAUGAUGAGUUCAUGGAGCUCAUUGAUGACAAGAUUGGAGGACUGGGAGAAAAUACAACGAUGAUAUUGCUGGGUGACUUUAUUCACAAGGGCCCAGACUCAGAUAAGGUAGUGUCGUAUAUUCUAGAUCAUAAGGACCAAGUGAAGUGCGUCUUAGGUAAUCAUGAAAUAUUGGUUAUGAUGGCGUACUUAAACCCAGACUUUUCAAAAAGGGUGAGACGCCCCAAAUUAAUGACACCUUUAACUUUCAGUACUGAGACUGAUUUCAUACCACAGGACAUCUCAAAAAUCAGCAGCGCACAUGGACAAUUAGCUCGCGAGCUUGGGUUUUUCAAACUGACCCAGUUGGCGGAACAUUGCUCAAUGGCCAUUGAAUUGGAUCUAGAUAUAACUGGCGACAAACUCUUUGGUGCACAUGCAGGGAUGGUUCCAGGAGAUUUCAUGAAGCCGAACCAAAUUCCGGGCGUAAGUUCUUUGUCAAAUAUGAAGUACGUCGAUAAGAAGCACUGGUCAAGAACAUCACGUGAAAAAGAAAACAAGAACUAUGUCAGGUGGUACACACUGUGGGACAAGUACGGAGACCACUUUAAUAACGCCAAAGUAUUUUACGGGCACGAUGCAUCCAUGGGAUUGAACCUACGGAAGCAGACCAAAGGUUUGGAUACAGCAUGUGUAAAGAACAAUCUACUCUCAUCCAUGAAAGUGAAGUAUAAUAUAAAGAAGGGGCAAUAUGACUACACACUAAUUCAAGUAGAAUGCUCUUAG